UGACUGCGGCUGCGCACACCCGGCAGAUGCUGCCGGCCCUGGGGGAGGGGCACGAUCACCAUGGAGACCCUGGGCCUUGGCCUGGGCUUCGGCCUCCUCUCCGCUCUCAUCUACACUUAUUACUUAUGCAUCCGAAACAUUUACCGCAAGAGUGGCGGUGUUGGUCGAGAUCCUCCUAUAUCCGUAAAGGAGAAAGCCGGGGCGGCCGCCCUAUUAGUGACCGCGCACCCGGACGAUGAGUGCAUGUUCUUCGCCCCGGCCUUAUUGCGGCUGACGGGCCGCCGCCUCUCCGUUCACCUGCUGUGCCUGUCCACAGGGAACUUCUACAAGCAAGGGGAGAUUCGGAAGAAGGAACUUCUGCAGAGCUGUGGUCUUCUGGGGAUCCCUUCAUCUCGUGUAAACAUUCUGGACCAUAGACUGUCGCACAAGUGGGGACAUCUGUUCAACAUCCACCUUAUCAAUUCCAUUGAUUGCAGUAUCUGUACAAAGAAACAGAUUAAAGCAUUCAUCGUUCCAGCCUCCCAAUUCAAACUCCUCAAGUUUCUGUUGUAUAUUCACAGGAAACUUUAUUCAAAGAAGAAACUGCCCAAUGGGUGCCAAAUUUUUGUACUCCAAUCCGUAAACAUUCUCCGUAAGUACAUCUCCAUCCUUGACCUGCCGAUCAGCUGGAUGAGGCCCCAUAAUGUGAUGUAUGUAUUAGACAGCUGGGAAUAUCAACAGGCCAAGAAAGCAAUGUACUGUCAUCAGAGCCAGCUACAAUGGUUCCGUCAUCUCUACCUGUACUUCUCCCGUUACAUGUUUAUAAACACCUUCCAUUUAAUGUCACAGUAACAUUCAAUAACAACUCCCUUCUAUUAUGUAUCAUGAAGCUUCUGAAGAGGUGUUCUAAAGAAUCGUCCUCCUGGAAAUUUUAUUAAAGACUGGGUGAAAAUAUAUCAACAAACCUUUCAGGGAAUUACGUAGAAAUAUGAUGACAACUAAAAUCGUGGUGAGAGUUUCAGUUGUUGGCUCCUGUAAUUGUGAUUUUCCUUUUCUUUGGACGAAUGACCAAAUUUAUUUCUAUUUAAGUAAUUAAUAGUCUUGUUGAGAAUUGCACAGGAGCUAAGUUUUAGCUAAUUAUAGCCAGAAACUGCCAAAGACUUUUAAUGCAGCUGGUAAUUGGAUUCUUUAACGUAAAUAAAUUGUGUAGAUUAUA